UUUCCUCUUCAGGGAGUCGAAAUAAAUCAGUGAAAUAGUUUACAUAAUCUUUUUCAAAUCGUCAUAAAAAUAAAAUUUGUUAAUUUUUACGUAAAACCCAUAAACGUUAGAAAACAAUAGAAGUUGGAGUCAAUAUAACAACGUAAAUAUAAUCCAUUCACAAAAAUCACACAAAGGAAAUUUCAUGAAUAAACAAAACAUUGUCAUUACACAAAAUAUUAAAAAAUAAAUAAUUUAAACACACAAGCAAAUAAAUAAAUAAAUUAAACGGAGGCAAACGAAGAAAAUUUGAACUUGUGUCGUCAACUAUCAAGUCGCACCUGUCACAACAUCGACAAAUGCAUUUGCAUGCUAUUGUAGAAACACCUUUACAACUUAGUGUGAACUGAUACCUUUCAUUCUUUCUUUCAUUAUUUAUUUAAUAAAAGAGUUUCAUUGCAGUAAACGCACCAAGAUGUCAGAAGCCGAGGAGAGUUUGUCAUCGAAGAUUAAUGAAGAAUAUGAGAAGUCGAAAAUUUAUACGAACUUGGAAUUUUUGAGCGACUUUAAAAUUAUUACUCGAGGAGAACCAUUUUGUGUUCAUAAGGUUAUUUUAGCGAAAGAAAGUCCUUAUUUUUAUCAAUUAUUUCAAAAAGAUGGAGAAAUUAAGGAACUUAAUAUCCUUGAUAUUGAUAUAGAACCGACAGCAUUUAAUAACAUUCUUCAUUACAUGUACUCUAAUGAAUAUCCAAAGCACGGCUCAUAUGAUGUUAUUCUUGCCGCAGCGGAUAUUUUGAAAAUGAAAAAUUUAAAAAAUUACUGCGAAACUCAAAUAGAAAAAUUGAUAACUACGGAAAAUGUUUGUCAAUUUUUAAUAUUGUCGGUAGAAUUUUCCGCCAAGAUGCUAUUCGAAGAUUGUAUGUCUCUUAUUUUGAGAGGUAUUGAUGUUCUUGAUUUUUGUAUUCUACAAUGUAAACCACUCGUUGUUUUAAGUAUGUUGGAGGAAAUUUUCGAACGAAGAUGGAUGAUGGAUUCUUAUGUAAUUACUGAAUCCAUUAAUCUUUCAUUUGAGAAAAAGAUUGAAACGAAUCCGAAUUGUUUUCAAGGAAUUGAUUCAUUUUUAAAUAAUGAAAAAUAUAGUGACGUAACUUUUAUUGUCGGAGAAGAAACUUUUCGAGGCCAUAAAAUGAUUUUAUCAGCAAAAAGUCCUGUUUUUGAUAGAAUGCUUUCGAGUGAAAUGAAAGAAGCUCUCACGAAUGUUGUAGUGAUUGAGGACAUGGAACCAGAGGUUUUUUACGAAGUUCUAAGGUACAUUUAUACAGGAAAAGUGAAAUUUCCUCAAAAUGUUUUUCAAAUUCUAAAAGCUGCAGAUUAUUACAAUAUAGAGGAUUUAAAAAAUUUUACUGAAAAAUAUUUGGCGGAAAAGUUAACUGACUUGAAUGUAGUCGAUAUCGUCAAAUUUGCAGACACGUACAAUGCUUUUUUUCUUUUAAGACAUUGUUCUCAAUAUAUUGUUAAGAGAAUGAUUUUUAAACUAGAAAUGGGAGAGAAAAUUCCAUUUUCUUUAGAAAUGUUUGUUGAUUGUCAAAAUAAUUUUUUCUACGAAAUUCUAAACGUUUUGAUUGAGUUUUGUGAAAUUAAGUUUAUUGAAUUGAAUGAAUCAAUUAGUGAUUAUAAAGAGCCUGAAGAAGAUUGAUGAUUGAAGAUGAUUUUAAUUUUUAAUUAAAUACAUUUUUUUUUUUUUGAAAAUUGUACGAAAAUUCAGUUAUUUAAAUAAAAAUAUAAAUAAUUUA